UUUCAAAAUAGCCUGAGUUAGUCCAUAGGGGAUUUGUAUCUGGAAAAUUUGUUGGCUAGUUAACUGUUCCAGUGAUUAUUAAACUAAUCAUGAGGAUGAGGAACCUAUGGACCAAAGCAGGUGUUCUGGGCUCGGUAUCCAUGGCGUUUGGAUCCAUGUUCUGGUCUCAGAAGAAGACGGCAAUGACUCAGACGGGUUCGACCACCGCAUGCACGGAACCACCUUCUCCUUAUGAGCUCAAACUGGUGCAAGUCCUGUUCCGCCACGGAGCCCGAACUCCGCUGAAGUCUAUACCGGAUGUCAUGGAGGCCCAGUGGGUGCCUAACCUCCUGGAACCCCCAGCACACACACAUAUCAACUAUGUGGUGACAGACCUGGAAGGAGGUCCACGGCCCUCCUCACCGGUGGAGGACAGCUACCGGGCCAACAUACUGACCGGGGGUACGUACCCAGGUCAGUUGACUACGGUGGGCAUGCAGCAGCUGUAUGAGCUGGGAGAGAGGCUGAGGAAGAGGUACAUCCAGGACACGGCCUUCCUCAACCCCACCUUCAGCCCUACAGAGGUCUAUGUGCGUUCCACUAACAUUGUAAGGACCAUAGAGUCUGCCAAGUGCCUGGUGGCAGGGCUGUUCCAGCAAAGCCAGAGCGACAUGGUUUCCAUUCUGACGACUGAGGCAGAGUCAGAGAUCCUGUACCCUAACUACCACGGGUGCAGACUGCUCAAACACCUCAGCGGUCAUCGCUGGGCGGAGUCGUCCACUCUGCCAGACAUCGCUGCGGACUUGAGGAGCAUCCAGAGUGCUCUGGGCAUCGCUGCCCACCAACGGGUUGACUUCAUCCUCAUCAGGGAUGACAUGGUGGCCAGAGAGACACACGGACUACCCUGCCCACCAGUCCUGGACUCCUGGAGGAACACAGUGGAGCAGAGAGCUGUGGAGAUGAUCUGUCACAUCUACGAACCCAGCAAGAGGGAGAACCUGCAGCUGUGUGUGGGUCCCCUCUUCCACACCCUGAUGGGCAACAUUGAAGACCAACUACAGGGCACAACCUCAGAGUCCAACAGGAAGCUGUUCCUGUACUCUGCCCACGACACCACUCUGAUGCCCUGUCUCAUGGCUCUGGGGGUUUUUGACAUGCAAUGGCCACCGUACGCCGCUGACAUCACCCUGGAGCUGCAUCAACACAGGCAAACCAAAGAGGCCUUUGUCAAAGUGUCCUACAUUGGCAAGGACCAGUUGAUUCCAGGCUGUAGUGGAGUCUACUGCCCCCUGCAGGAAUUCAAGCAGGCCUUCUCUAACUACUCACUGACCUCUGAACUCUAUGAGUCGCUCUGCAACCGCACAGAGGGUUGACCCCUGAGGCUUCCACACUCUCACUGUUACCAGCCACCCUGUUUACAUCCCACCAGACAUCCACUCUCCAGCCCUAGCCUAGCGUUAGCCCGUGUAUUAGAGUAUUUAGUAUGUUAGGAUACCUCACUGUUUAAGCCAGGGGUGGGCAAACUUUUUGGCUUGAGGGCCAUAUCGGGAUUUAGAAUUUCGAUGGAGGGCCGUACAAUUUUUGGCUGAUUUUUUUUAUUUUUUUUUAUUUUUUAUUUUUUUUAUCUAUAAUUUUUUUUAAUCAAUUUGCGGACCCGAAAAUAGGUCCAUUGUAAAUGGGUCCAUUAUAAAUAAUCCAUUGGGCUCCCGAGUGGCACAGCGGUCUAAGGCACUGCAUCUCAGUGCUAGAGACAUCACUACAGACCCUGGUUCGAUUCCAGGCUGA